ACUAGUGCGCGCCGCGGGUCCGGGCGCAAUGGCGGCGUUGGGCGGGGACGGGCUGCGCCUGCUGUCGGUGUCUCGGCCGGAGCGGCAGUCCGAGUCAGCGACGCUGGGUGGCCCGGGCCCCGGGCUGUGCUGCUGGGUAUCUGUAUUCUCCUGCCUCAGCCUCGCCUGCUCCUAUGUGGGCAGCCUGUACGUCUGGAAGAGCGAGCUGCCCAGGGACCACCCCGCCGUCAUCAAGCGGCGCUUCACCAGCGUACUAGUGGUGUCCAGUCUCUCGCCCCUCUGCGUGUUGCUCUGGCGGGAACUCACAGGCAUCCAGCCAGGCACAUCCCUGCUCACCCUGAUGGGCUUCAGGCUGGAGGGCAUUUUCCCGGCAGCACUGCUGCCUCUGCUGCUGACCAUGAUUCUUUUCCUGGGCCCAUUGAUGCAGCUCUCUAUGGAUUGUCCCUGUGAUCUAGCAGAUGGGCUGAAGAUAGUCCUGGCACCUCGCUCCUGGGCCCGCUGCCUCACAGAUAUGCGUUGGCUGCGGAACCAAGUGAUUGCGCCCCUGACAGAAGAGCUAGUGUUCCGGGCCUGCAUGUUGCCCAUGUUAGCACCGUGCACAGGCUUGGGCCCUGCUGUGUUCACCUGCCCACUCUUCUUUGGAGUUGCCCAUUUUCACCACAUAAUUGAACAGCUGCGUUUCCGCCAGAGCAGUGUAGGGAGCAUCUUCUUAUCUGCAGUGUUCCAGUUCUCCUACACAGCCGUCUUCGGUGCCUACACUGCUUUCCUCUUCAUCCGCACAGGACACCUGAUUGGGCCGGUUCUCUGCCACUCCUUCUGCAAUUACAUGGGCUUCCCUGCUGUGUGUGCGGCCCUGGAGCACCCACAGAGGUGGCCCCUGCUGGCGGGCUAUGCCCUGGGCGUGGGGCUCUUCCUGCUUCUGCUCCAGCCACUCACGGACCCCAAGCUCUACGGCAGUCUUCCCCUUUGUGUACUUUUGGAGCGGGCAGGACACUCAAAGGCUCCCCUGUGCUCUUGACCUAUGCUUCUGCAUACACUCCUAUGAACUCUCAUGGGCCCCCCAGCCCCUCCCCAUUAAGGGGUACUGAAGGGGAGUUGCUGGCUGGGGUCCCCGAGAUCUCAGGAAUUUUUGUAGGGGAUUGAAGCCAGAGCUAGUUGAAUCCCAGGGACCAGAGAAAGGAGCAGAUAUCCAAAGGGUGCCGCCCCUUUCAAAAGGGGGUUGAGGGGACAAGGGGCAGGUUCCAGGAGGGACGCAUGCCCUUCCUUACUUUGGACUGCUGCUUCUCUUAGCUCCUCUGCCCCCCUCUGCCUCUGAAAAGCUGCUCGGGGUGGAGGUGGGGGGUUAUUUAUAAAGCCCCUCCCCCACAACUUUCCAGGGUUUUCUCGUUGUCUUUUUGCAUCAGGACUUUGUAUUGGGAUAUUAAAGAGAUUUAACUUGGCUAACACGGC